AUGGCAGACGAUACGCGACAGUCGCCCAAGACUGCUACCACAGAUGAUGGCGUCCCAAUCACCAAAGAAGGUCUGACAGCACACCCCGAAAACAAGCCUUUCGCUGGCCAGCAAUGGCAGGACCCGUCAAAGGACAUCAACCCGCCUCAAGGAGCCAACCUGCUCUCCGGCGGCACGCAGAACACCGCCGGCGGUAAGGCGCCUGAAGUCAGCAUAGGCAACGCCUUCCAGAAUGGCAUCACCUUCUCCGAUUUUGCAGAACUGCCCAAGCGACCCUGUGUGCGAGAUGCUGGCAUGACGGGCCUAGGCUCUGGCUUCGCGCUUGGAGGUCUGCGUUUCAUGUUUCGUGCUGGCGUAUUCAGUGCUUGCAACUGGGCAGUCUUCGGGACCUGUUUCGGCAGCGGGAUCAUGUAUCAGUAUUGUCUGUACAAGCGGCAGGCGGAGCGGGAUGGAAUGAUCAGGGCGGUGGAGAUAAUGAACAAGAACCAGCUGGAGAAGCAGGCGCGGGAGCAAGCAAAGGAGAGGCAGAAGGAGGAGAGGAGGAAACUGAAGGAUCAGGAGUUGGAGGCGCAUUAUGCGAAGUUGAGAGAUGAAGAGGCGCGGAAUAGGCCUUGGUGGAAGGCCUUGUGCGAUACGUGGACAGCUAUGUUCGACUACAAUCGCGGCGAAGGUCGAAAACAGUGA